AUGGAAUGCUAUUUCUCCAAUUGUGUUAGAAAACCAAUUUUGGUUUGUGAAUGCAAAUCAAAAAAGACCUUGAUGUGUCAAUUCCAUAGAUCAAACCAUUUUGAAGAUCUACCUAAUUGCAAACACCACAUAAAUCACUUACAAGAAAUUCAAAAUCCUGCACCUUCUAAAAGUGAAGGAUUAAUCAAGGCAAAUCCACUCAAAAGCUCUGCAUUUCCUUCCCAUAAAAGCCACAGAAAUUCAAGCUCUGAUCAUAAUGCUAAUUUUAAGAUCUUAAAUAGUGAGCUUGAGGAAGUAAAAAGUAUGAUAAAAGCCACCAAGAAGGUAUUAUUAGCCCAAACUGAGAAUGCAAAAACAGAGAUAAGUAGCUAUGCAAACUAUUUAUUAGCCUUGCUAAAAGGGAUAAAAAAGAAAUGCAAAAAGUUGUCCAUGUCUUCAAAAUGCCCAUUUCAGCAGGCUCUAAAAAGCAAAAACAAUAGUUAUUUGAGCCAAAAGCAAUCCAAAAUCACUUCUGGAGCUUUGAAACUGAAGCUUCAGAUUGAAAUGAUAAACUCAAAGUUUGUCCUAAACGCCAUAUUAGCUGAUUUGGAGAAAAAUUCGAUAAUUGAUUUAUCAGUCCAAAAAAUUUCCCAAAUGACUACGCCAUUUGAUAUUCAUAAUUUAUAUGGCAUAUACCCAGAUACCAAAAAACUAUUCUCUUAUAAUCCAAAUACGAAUAUAGUGACCUCAUGUGAAUUAAAUUUACCAAAUAAUUUGUAUGGGUAUUCCCUAUGCUAUGCUGAUGGGAACUUGUUCUGCUAUGGAAAUUGCCUUAAUAAAGCUUAUCAAGGGACAGCUUUUCUUAUAAAUAAAGAAGGUAAAAUUAAAUCCCUGAGAGAUGGAAUUCCUAGUAUAUAUUCAGGCACUAUAUAUAAAAAAGGAUUUGUAUAUGUAUUUGGAGGGUGGAGUAAUGGGAAAAUGCUAGCAAAUGCUAGAAAAUUUAAUAUCAAGAGCAAUAAAUGGCAAAUUCUUGCUGAUCUCCCAGUUCCAGGGUCUCUUUAUUGCUGCGAGGCCAUAAAAAAUAAGAUUUUGAUUUCUGGAUCCAGUCAUUCUCGGCUUUUUAUAUAUGAUAUAUAUAGCAACAGCUAUAACAAAUGCUCUCUAAAAUUAUGCCAAGGCAGAAAAAAGAUAAUCUGCAAGCAUUAUGAAAAGGUGUACAUCAUAGAAACAGAAGGCAGCAUUUAUGAAUCUUUCGCGGGAAAUAUUUUUGAAUGGGAAAUCCUUUUUGCUUCAAAUGUGCAAAAUCGGGGCAUGCUUAUGUAUAAAUCAUACAAUUAUAGAAGUGUAUUCUUUUCAAUUGACAAUAAGGUAUUCAGGUUUGAUUUGAAAACAAAAUCAGUUAAACAGGAAUUAGAAGUUUAG